ACUAGCUUAGCAGCGGACACACAGCCAGGGGUUCGAUGCAUUAUGACAAAGUGGCCCUGCUCCAAAAGUGAAUCAAGUGAAUUUUACAUCUGUUAAUGAUUGAAAAAAACGCCGGUUAACUGAAUUCAUGUGACAAUUGAAAAUUUAUUUCACUUGAAAACGAUUGACGAACGUCGUGAACGAACGGUUUAACUUGUUAAAAUUCAAUUUUCGCUUGAUGUGCGUGGGGCGCGAGGUACAAAUGAGCACGGCCGAAACAUCGACGGCGCCACCGAGAGAAGAUGUCAAACACUUCGCCGUUGCAACAACUUGUGAACGGUGAAAAUUUAAUUGAUAAUCUUAAUUCAAGCACUGAAAUAGUGAAUAAUUAUCGUGAAUUAAGAUCGAGUUCGUGUGUUGUUGGUGGUGUUGGUGUUGUUGUUGGCGGCGUCGUCGUCGGUGGCGACAACAACAUUGCCGCUGACUACCAGGUAGGUGAGCAUCGCACUGCAGCGGCGGCCGCUGCUCGUGCCGCUUACAACAUGGUAGCAGCGAUGAACGAGGAUGAACGAUCAUCCUCAGCGACAAAUAGUGUUCGUACAACGAUAACAACAACAACGGCAAGUUCAACGACAGACGCAGUCAACGAUUUUCGUAACGUCUCCGAGGACAGUAAGGCCGGAAUUCUUGGUUUUCCCGAGGAUUUCGAUCAUAUGUACGCGAGUAUGACUGACGGUGAUGCUCCAGCAAGUGCAACUUCUGCAUUGGGUGUCAGUCCAUUGCGUGGUAAUGAGGCACGACAAAAUGAUCUCAGUGAAGUUAAACAUCUCAAGGAAUUACUUCUUUUGCACUUGGAUCUUAUUCAACAACAAUCAGAGCAAAUUGUCACUAAGGACAAAUUACUCGCUGCACUCAGACAGGAAAAUGAAACGCUUAAAUUACGCCUCGAGCGGAUGGACAGAAGGGUUAAUCUUCAAAAACAUCGUUCGGAAACAACAGAAAAUUCACUAAAUACCGAACGUAUUAAUCAAUGUUCACCACCAAAUGUCAAUAUAAUACAAAGUCUUCCAUCAACGAGUGAACAUCAAAAACAAAUACAAUCGGAAUUCACCGGUCAACAAUAUAAUGAGAGUUUUAAAAUACGAUUAAAUACAAGUAGUGGAAUUCCAAUUGUUAAACAGGAGCACAAUAAUGUGCACGAGACAAAGAAUGAUAUGGUUAAUGAUAAUACAAGACACGAUUGGGAUAGUAAAAAGAAACGAAGAUCCGAUCCAACGCCUGUUGGAAUAGCGGGUAAACGAAAAAGAGGAGCCUCAUGUUCCUCGACAAUUAUCAAUGAUCAAUGUACAAUGGUGCGCGAGAGUAGUAAAAGUCUUGGUGUUGGUGUUGGUGGUGGUGUUGUUGUUGGUGGUGAUGGUGGUGUGAAAAAAGUGGAGAAAAAAAUUAAAUCUCUUUUAAAAAGAGAAUCUUAUUUAACAACAGAGGAUCAUUAUUAUACGGCUGUUGGCGAUACAAAUUAUUCAUUAUCAAUGAAUGUUGAUACACCGCAGGAAACAUCGCAAUCGUUGGAGGUGCCCAAUUGGAGGAUAAAAGUUUAUACGAGUUGUUAUACAAUGGAGGGUACGGAGAAUUUGGAUGAUGAAAUAUUUAAUAAGAGACAUCUUAAACUUGAAAAUGAUGAGAGGCGGAGGAAACGGUGGGAUGUACAAAGAAUACGGGAGCAACGGCACAUUGAAAAAUUGAAACAGAGACAAGAACGACAAAAUCAUCAGGCAACUUGUUACAAUACAAAUCACAGUGGUCCCUGUUCGUCAUCGACAGAGGAGGAAACCGUAAAGACUCUAUGGCCAGAUUUAGAUCAAAUACAAAGUCUUCAAGUUGAUGCUCAAUUGCCUGUUAAUGCAUUUGGUGCCGCUGUACCCGGUUUUAGUUUAAGUGAUUUUAUUCUCCCAUGGCAAGACAUGAUAAAAUCGAAAGAGAGACGCCAUCAGCGAGUUAAACGAUCAACAGGUAGAAGAAAAUCGUGUAGAAGAUAAGGAAUGUAUGUGAGUUUGUUUUAAUAUGUGACGAAUAAUUCAAGAUAAAGCGAUAGCGUGAUUUUCUUUUUACUAUAUUGCUAUUUUCUAUUCUUUUAAGGGCACCAAAGAUAUUUUUUUACGGUUUUUUUUUUAAAAACGUACCUUUACUUUUUUCUUUUUAAGUAAGGUAUACUCUUCUUUUCUAUUCUUUUUUGUUAAUCGUCUCUGUAAAUGUUAAUCGUGAAAUGGAAUUUAUUAUUUAUUUUUUACAAAAGAGAAAAAAAACUAUGACCAUUUUAAGAAACGAGGCUUUUUUUUUGUAAAAAUAUAUCUUAAUAUCUUUUGGUCCUUCAGCUUUAUUAUAUUGGGACUUCUUUUUCUUUUUCCUCUUCCUUUUCUUCUUUUUUCUUUUUUUUUUUUUUGUUAUUAAUUUUAUUGUUAUUCUUUUACACUUUGCCGAUUUUAAAUAAUUGAAAAAACAAAUUUUCUACGACAAUGUUUGCACGCUUAUCGUUUUUCAGGGAUAUAUUUUUCAAAUUUACAAAAAAUGUAAAGCACUUUUUGAAAAAGUGAUUGAGUACAUAAUUUUCUUUUUAAGAAAAGGGCGUCAGUGAGCUUGAGAUUAUUGUUUGAAAAAUUCAUCAACAAAAAAAGAAAAAAAAAUUGUUUCUCGCUCCUGUGGCUCACAGUGAUAUAAGAUAAUAAAUUUUAAGGCGUAGUAUAAAAAUGUUGAUCCCAAUUUCACUGUAAUUAUUGUUCAGUGUGAUGUAAAAACUCGCGUAGCUCCUU